AUGCACAUGAAUCCACUACUGCAGUGGCAGGUGGUUAUAUAUAAAACUGUUCAAAGGCUGGAAAAGAAGUUUGAUCACAUGAAUGAGAAAGUGACAAAAAUUUAUCAAUCUCGUGCCAGAUCCUUCUGGCGUUACCCUCCUCUUAGAUCAACAACCAGAAGAUACAGUUAUCUGACAUCUAAGAGACUUAAAAUGCAGAGACUAAGACGAUUCAUUCAUGAUAAUUCUAUCUCCUAUCCUCAAAGUUACAGUCCAACUUCACCAGUCCGCACAAGGGAUGAAGGCAGCCAGGAUAUGGAGAACAUCCAGACUAUAGAUUACACCCAGACUUUCCAGUAUGCUGAUGCUAUUGACAACACCCAGACUUUCCAAUAUGAUGAUGCUAUUGACAACACCCAGACUUUCCAGUAUUCUGAUUCUAUUGACAACACCCAGACUUUCCAGUAUUCUGGUUCUAUUGAGAGCAACCAGACUUUCCAGUAUUCUGAUUCUAUUGACAGCAACCAAACUUUUCAGUACUCUGAUUCUAUUGACAACACCCAGACUUUCCAGUACUCUGAUUCUAUCAACAACAGCCAGAGUAUCCAGAACACUGAGAACAAUAGUGAUUCCUCACCAGAGAGGGACUAUCAAGAAACUCCACCUAGUCCUACAUAUACUGCACAAACCUACCAACAAUAUUACAGAUAUAAAAACAUUCCUGGGUCUUCUACAAUGACCUACUACAGUGACAUUGAAAAUACCACCUCGGACACCAUCACUUCUGCCACUUCAACAGUGAAGGAAGCAAGUCCCCUCCCUCCAGGGGAGCUCAUCCCCAUCCAGAAUCCUGAAAUGAAACGAUUGGCUUUACUGGAGGCUCAGCGUGUACCUAUGAUUGAUCCUACCACUUUUGGUUCAUCAUCCCAGUGUAAUGAUGCUGUUGUGAGACACCUUGGAAACCCUUUAAACUGGUCUGUGAAUGAUGUGAUAACAUUUCUGAACCGUUUAGACCCUCCGUUGGCAGACCAACUCUACCCCACCAUCAGAAAACAUGAUAUUGAUGGGAAGGCCCUGCUGCUGCUCAAUAUUGAUGUAAUGAUAAAAUAUAUGAAGAUGAAGGUGGGAGUAGCCAUGAAGUUUGGGAGCUACAUUCAAAAGCUUAAAGAAGGAGUAAAUUGUGGCCAGUAAAAAUGUUUGUAGAACUUGAAAUAUUCUCAUAAACCC